UGGUAACAGCUCCCACAUCAAAAUUUUAGUUAAAGGGGGAAAAAUUACACAAAAAAAAAAAAAAAAGAAUCUCAUUCCUUUCUCUCCAAAUCUCCAUGUUCCAUCACUUGUGAGCUUUGGAGAUUCUCUCGCUCAUUCGCCCUUCCAUUUCUGAUCUGAGAGGAAUAAUCAUUAUCGAGGAUUUUAUUGAUCGAUUGAAGGUUGAUGGCUGCUCCACCGGCAAGGGCUCGUGCGGAUUACGAUUACCUUAUAAAACUCCUCUUGAUUGGCGACAGUGGUGCGUGGCAUCUUUCCUCUCAUCAUUUCACAAAAUGUGUGAUUCGGAGUUUGAAAGGUGUGGGAAAGAGUUGCCUUCUUCUGCGUUUCUCAGAUGGUUCUUUCACUACUAGUUUUAUCACAACCAUAGGCAUUGAUUUCAAAAUAAGAACCAUUGAGCUUGAUGGCAAGCGGAUCAAACUCCAAAUUUGGGAUACUGCAGGUCAGGAGCGGUUUCGAACGAUUACAACUGCUUACUACCGGGGAGCUAUGGGCAUUUUGCUAGUUUAUGAUGUUACAGAUGAAUCGUCGUUUAAUAAUAUCAGGAACUGGAUCCGAAACAUUGAGCAACAUGCUUCAGACAAUGUUAACAAAGUACUGGUGGGGAACAAAGCUGACAUGGAUGAAAGUAAGAGGGCUGUGUCUACCUCCAAGGGCCAAGCACUGGCGGAUGAGUAUGGAAUUAAAUUCUUUGAAACUAGCGCAAAGACAAAUCUAAAUGUGGAGGAAGUUUUCUUCUCGAUAGCAAGAGAUAUAAAGCAGAGGCUUGCUGAUACCGACUCUAGGACAGAGCCAUCAGCAAUUAAAAUCGGCCAGCAAGAAGCGGGGGGUGAGCAGGCUGCUCCCAAAUCGGGCUGUUGUGGUUGAGUCCAAGUAUUUCUAAUUGGAGAGAUCUCUUUCAUCCAGGAACAAGAAGGAAGGAUGAAACAUUGCUUGUGUGACGUUGAUAAUUUGUGCUCUAGGCAUUUUUGUAUUCGUUUCCAAUUUUGGGUCUUGAAAAUAUUUUAUAACUAGAAAUGCAUGCUAAAACGCCCUUGGCUUUUAAUAGGAUAGAUGGGUGAACAUUAUUUUGUUUGAAAUACUAACUGACAGUUUGCGUUAAAUAAAUAUGCGUGUAGCUCAGCAAGAGCCGAUGCCCGUAAAAUAAAAUUUCAAUCGUCAUGCAGGACGCAUCACAUAA